AUGGCUAAGCUGCUCUUCCCCUCGAGUGAUGAUCAGCUAGACGAUCAGUCUACUGCAAGCCGCUAUCAAUGCAAAUCUCCAACGAAUGGCCAGGUUAUCACCGCUCCGUCGGCUUCGUCGGAGUAUCUUGCGCUCUACAAUGCAGUAGGAUCUCGCUACUGA